GUCUUGGCCUCCCCGCGUUUAUUUAUAGGCGCCCCCAGCUGCCGCUCAAAGCGACAGCUGGAGGGGGAGGAGCUGAGGAUCGAGGGAGCAGGGCAAGCAAGCAGCCAGGUGAGGCCGCGAGGGAGAAGGGCCGGGAUACUAGUGCCAGCCGGGGGUGAUCUUCUUGCAUCAGGGUGACGCCGGAGAGUUCGGGUCUGCUGGGCGCGUGGGAUGGGGGAGCAGGAGAACAACAAGACCGGCGUGGGCAACAACGCCAUGGCGGUGGUGGACGAGGCUCCGGUGGCGGCGGCGGCCAAGGAGAAGGACCGCGGCGCCGCGGACCCGCGCCUCCAGGGCAUUUCCGACUCCAUCCGCGUCGUCCCCCACUUCCCCAAGCCAGGGAUCAUGUUCAACGACAUCACGCCGCUGCUCCUCCGGCCGGCCGUGUUCAAGGACGCCGUGGACAUGUUCGUCGAGCGCUACCGCGGCAUGGGCAUCGCGGCCGUCGCAGGUAUUGAAGCCAGAGGCUUCAUCUUUGGCCCAGCCAUUGCUUUAGCCAUCGGAGCAAAGUUCAUACCGCUGCGUAAACCUAAGAAGCUUCCAGGUGAUGUAUUUUCUGAAAGUUAUGUACUUGAGUAUGGGACGGAUUGUUUGGAGAUGCAUGUUGGAGCUAUUGAACCGGGGGAGCGCGCAGUGGUUGUUGAUGAUCUGGUUGCAACUGGUGGAACUCUUUCUGCUGCAAUCAGACUUCUUGAACGCGCCGAAGCUGACGUGGUUGAGUGUGCAUGCCUCAUUGGGCUUCCCAAGUUUAAGGAUUUCUACAAGCUCAACGGAAAACCAGUUUACAUUCUGGUGGAGUCCCGCAAAUAGGACGUGGUAAAAGAUCAGAAAAGCUUUCCAGCUUUUCCUCAGAAAAACAAGCUUAGAGCUUCAUUCGUUUGCAAGCGCGAGGUGGAAGGAUGGGCGCCGAGUACUCUGCAGUAAACUGUGUUGAGGCCAGUGGCCAGGGCCAGCCGCUAUGUAUCUGCAUGGAGAGGGUGAGAUGGAUUGGGUGAAACGUUAGUCUCUGAAGCACGUCCCGUCUAGUGUUUUUUUAGUAGCCGUGACUGAGAGUUUGUAGCUAUUCCCGCCGGGGACAUCAGUGUUGGCCAGAGAAUCGAAGGGAAACAAAGAACAAUGCUGAUGCUGCGCGGUUUUUCUACGAGAAUCGUACGUUUUCUGUGUCU